UUUACUCUAUUUUCUCUCCUUAUCUAUUUUCUCCUUUUAGAAAAAAAAGAAAAAUCCAUUCUCUCUCUCUCCUCUCUCUUAUCCGUCCAUUCCUUCUCUCUCUCUCUCUCUUUCUCUUUCUCCAUCUGUAUAUGUUGCAUAUCGAACCUUCUAGAAUUCAACAAAAACAACGCACGCAUUGUUGCCUCUCAACGUCUCUCCAAUUCCUCUCCCUUUCUCUCUCUAGAUGUUUCAUUUCUAUCAGAUCUGAUUCAAUUCCUUCAUCUUUACUUCUAAUUAUCAUUCUUUUCAAGUGCGACGGCGAUGGUGCCGAGGCCCGGCGGAGAAUCGACGGCCGGCGAUGCAUCAAGAUCUGCGAUGAACGGCGAUUCACCGAGAUCUCUUCCGACGCCGUUCUUGACCAAAACGUAUCAGCUCGUCGAUGAUCGUGCGAUUGACGAUGUGAUCUCGUGGAACGAAGACGGAUCAACCUUCAUAGUUUGGAAUCCGACGGAGUUCGCUAGAGAUUUGCUGCCUAAGUUUUUCAAGCACAAUAAUUUUUCCAGUUUUGUUCGUCAACUCAACACCUAUGGAUUUAGGAAGGUCGUACCUGAUAGGUGGGAGUUCUCGAACGAUUGCUUCCGAAGGAACGAGAAACGGCUUUUAUGUGAUAUUCAGCGCCGGAAAAUCGUGACGUCCGUCGCAGCUGGUGCUACGGCGGCGACGGUGGCGUCAAUUCCGGUGGCGACGGUGCAAAUGGUGUCGCCUUCGAAUUCCGGCGAGGAACAAGUAAUCUCGUCGAACUCGCCGCCGUCGGCGGGUAUCAUGCUGCGUCGAGAAGGGAGCUGCGGUGCGGCGGAGCUGGUGGAUGAAAACGAGAGGCUGAAGAAGGAAAACAUGCAGCUGAACAGAGAGUUGAGUCACAUGAAGAGUUUGUGCAGUAAUAUAUACAAUUUGAUGUCGAAUUACGCGAGUAAUCAGCCGGAGAGCGGUUCAUCGGCGGCGAAACCGCUCGAUCUGCUACCGGUGAAGCAACUUUCCGACGAAUCUGACGUCGCCGCCGGUAACGAUAACCGGAAGAAAGCAAAACCGGUGGGAGAGGCGGGGACGAGCCCGAUUAUAUUUGGUGUGGCUCUUGGGUUGAAACGGAUGAGGGAAAGCGAUGGUGAGACGGCGGAGCAUGAUCAUGAGCUGCGACUGCAGCAACCCGGAACGGAGGUGGUGAAAUCAGAGCCGUCCGAUCAUCAGAACGGUGGGGAUCAGGAGACGAUUUGGCGGAGGCAGUGUCACGGUCGCCGACCGAAUGAGAUUAGACUAGUGUGAUGAUGAAUCAGGGGACAGGUGUAGGGUGUAGGAGUGUCCUCACGUGGGAAAAGCACGUGCCGAAUGGAGUCACGUGCUUGGCAAACCUUUUUGUGGGGGACAUAUUCAUGUAGCUUCUUGGGAGUUCCUACUUUAUAAUAUUUUUGGUUGGUUUAGAAAAAUCAAAAAGGGCUUGUUCUCUUGUUUUUUAUUUUCUUUAAUUUUAGAAACAACAACAGAUGUUGUGCCUUAGCAAUUAUGGCAAUCACCUCUAAUGCAUAGCGCCCUAGAGAGUAUUGUAACUGUCCAUCUCUAGAGAAUAUGUAUGGGAUAAACGAUUGUGAUGUAUCCCUCUUUCUUGAUAGUUGAAAAGAUAUGUGUUCGAGACAAUUAAAACAUUUUCUUGUGGUAUGAAGUAAACAGAACGUCUAUUUUGUUCUC